AAAGCGUUGAGUCGGGCGAGAGAGAGAGAGAGAGAGAGAGAGAGAGCCGCCCGCUUCCAAGAUGGCGGCGGGAGCCUGGAAGGUGAAGCAGGACAUGCCGCCGCCGGGCGGUUAUGGACCAAUCGACUAUAAGAGGCGAUUACCCCUUCGGGGGCUCCCGGGUUACGGCCUUCUUGCCAUCGGCCUUGGGGCGUUCGUUUUUGGGACGUACGCUAUUUUCAAAUGGAACUGGGAGAGGAGACUCCUGGCCUUUGAGGACGCGGAAACCAGGAUAGCAAUCAUGCCUCUCUUGAUGGCUGAGGAGGACCGCAAGAUACUACGCCUCUUGCGUCAUAACUUGGAUGAGGAAGCCAAGAUCAUGAAAGACGUCCCUGGCUGGCAGGUUGGGGAGUCUGUCUACCAUACCACACGCUGGGUGUCCCCCAGAGCUGACGAGCUGUACUUCCUUCAGCCAGCAAAAGUUCAGCAAGAUAUCUUCUUCGGUUACACCUGGAGCACAUAAGCAGACAUGGGUUGCAGAAGGACCCACGUCUCUUGCUUUCCCAGGACAGAACGUAUUUCUUAAUAAACUAAUGCUCACUGGAGCAUCGAUCCA